AUGUUUGCUCCCGGUCAACAACAGAUCUCCAAGGAGGAAAUCAAGGCGGGCGAAAUUGAAGCGGCUCAGACCAUCAAGCUUGCUGUCGCCGGCGGUAUCCUUCUCUACCUUUGUAAGAUUCGUCCGGAAAAACGCGCUGCAAUAGCGAUAUACGUUGAACACCGAGCUAACAUUUUCUGCCUCGUAGCUCCCUUCGCCAUCGACUUCGCCAAGAAGUUCCUCUAA